UUAAAAUACAUCAAUAUGAACUCCAUUGCUGUGGUAGCCACUUUCUUGGCCGCUUUGGCUUGCGCCCACGCUGGUGUCCUUGUAGGUCCAUCCGCCAAUGUACUCCAAGGACCUAGCUCCAGAUCCACCAUUGUAGGACCAGACGGCAGUGCCAUCUCAAGUGUUGCUCCAGGUGGACAAAUCGUCACCGAAGAACACCCAGGAGUAGUAGCCCACACCGCCCCAGUCGUUGCCGCCCCAGUUUUGGCUCAUUCCGCCCAAUUAGUCGCUCACUCUGCUCCAGUCUUGGCUCACUCCGCUCCAGUAGUAGCUGCCCACGCCGCCCCAGUAUUGGCUCAUUCUGCCCAAGUAGUUGCUCACUCCGCCCCAGUUGUAGCUGCCCACCACGGUUUGGUAGCUCACGGCGCUGAACACACUGUUGUAUCUGGACCAUCCGGUGUAAUUUCUACUGGCCAAUCUUUGGUUCCAUCUGCCGUAGUAUCUCACGCUGUUCCACAUGCUGCCGUUGUUGGACAUGGUAUUCAUGGAGUUCAUGGUCUGGUACUUUAAAUUUUCCCCACAUUUGUAUACAAAUUUAUUUAAUAAAUAUAUUUUGAAAAAUAA